AUGGAGGGACAUGCGUCGGGAUCUCGAAAGGCCAAGGACGCGGAAGGUGGCGGAGAUGUCCGGUACCGGGGAGUGAGGCGUCGGCCGUGGGGGAAGUUCGCGGCGGAGAUCCGGGACUCGGCGAGGCAGGGCCAGAGGGUGUGGCUGGGGACUUUCAACACGGCGGAGGAUGCCGCCAGGGCCUACGACCGAGCCGCUUAUGCCAUGAGAGGCCCAUUUGCUAUCCUCAACUUCCCCGAUGAAUACCCACUUUCGGCCGGCGGUGCUGACGCCAUGGACAGUUAUCGUUCCUCUGCUUCUUCCCCGACGAUUAGUAAUGCGCAAGGAAAACAAGUGUUCGAGUUCGAGUAUUUGGAUGAUAAAUUGCUGGAGGAGCUUCUUGAUUUUGAAGAGAAAAAGAUGACGGGAGAUUGA